AAACGUUGCACACCCACUUUCAUAGGGUUUUCGCCCGCCGCACCCUAAGCCAGAGCGCAAAAAUGCCGGCUGGUCACGGUGUUGGUUCUCGGAUCCGAGAUGUGCUCGCUAGCUCCUUCAGGAAGAAAGGGCACAUGCCCCUCUCGAACAACGUGAGGACCUACAAGAAAGGUGACUAUGUGGACUUCAAGCUGAACGGACCCGUCAACGAAGGCAUGCACCCCGAGUUCUACCAAGGCCGAACCGGCCGAGUCUGGAAAGUCACCAGGCGCGCCAUGGGCAUCGAGAUCAACCAGCAGAAAUGGUGGUUCAGGAUUGACUCGCCCUCGCGCUCGCGCUCGAGUUCGAGUCGCUUGGUUUAUGCACGAGCCGACCUGGAGCCAACACCAAGCUUGAACAGCAACUAUUCGGCUCAACACAGUCCGAUUGGAUCCCUACCCAUGUCCGUUCACCGUGGGGACGCGGGGGCUAAGAAAAGAAAGAGUGAAAUGGUUUGGCAUGGUGUGCAGAAUGGGAAGGCUGCACAAUCGCCUUUUAGCUCAGUGGUAAGCCGCGCCGUCGCCACUACUAAGAAUCGUGUCGUGAUGCCUGGCUAUUGAGGGCUCUCUACUACAUGGAUAUUGCAACGUGCUCAUCGAUGCGGAUCAUCCAAAGACAUAUUAUAUUAGCAUGGCAUACCUCCGUUCAAAUCUGGGUUUGGGAUAAAAAAGAGCUUUAGAGUUUCCCACACAUUUGAGUUCCAUGCUAAUUUUACUUAUUAUUGGGUAUACUUCUCUAAUAAUAUUAACACACUCAGUAAUGAGAUGGAUUUAGAUAUAAAGGUGCCGUAUGGUGCUUGACA